AUCGAAUACACAAACUGUAGUUAGUGACCAAAACAAAGAGAAGCGACGUACACCUUUGCCCAAGUUGUGAGGAACUAAUAUUUGCCAGUUAUUGACGUAAACUUACUUUUCAGUAACAUUACCUCUCAGACAGCAAGAGAAAAGUCAUGGACGAAAUAGAGGACCAUCUGAGGGAAGUGUGGAGGACAGGACAAGACCUAGGACUCCUCGACAGCGACAUUGAAAAUGUGAUUCGUGAGGUGUUAGAAGAGGCGAAAGAUAGAGAAAAUAAAUUGAAGGAAAUGAAUAGGGGACGAGAAGCCACUGGUGAAAGUAGAUGUUGGAUUUUGUGGAGAGCUGUGAGAUUUUGGCUCAAGUUCUCACUGACGUUGGUCUUCCUCGGGGUCGCGGCCUUUGCCCUCAUCUCGCUGCACAACCCGACGAGGAAGUUCGUGACGCGGAAUAUUCAGGAUGCCAUCUAUCCCUUCAUGACGACGCUGAGAAUUGUCACGCUGCCCAUCCUCUCCGCCUUUCCUUGGAUGAGCCGCUGGUACUCUGAGGAAUGUUUAGUCCAGAACCCCUUUUAUGACCAGCCUAGUGUGGACUGCACCCCUUGUGGGGUUGACCUCGAAUAUGCCCCAGUCUCCAAUCUCCAGAACUUCACUGACUUUUACUACAACAAUGGAAAGUUUGUGGUGGUGGUGGAUGCACUUCCACCUGGGAAGGAAGUAUCAUGGUCCAUGCUAGUUGCACAGUUCAAUAUCUGUAAGGAAGAGGAAAUUGGGUCAUGGACGUUAACCCCACAAACGGAUGGACCGUGUGAUUAUAAUGAUACUAUGGUGAAGGGAGUCCUCCCUGCCCCUGGGUCUCAUGUUGAAUGGAAAAUUUUCCGAAUAGAGACACUACACGUCAUCCGUCAGUUCUUCCCUAGAGUUUACUUUGUACCUCAGGACACAGAAGUAGCCCUUCACCGACACAUUUUCAUAGAUGGGGCUGAGUCUAAUGCCUAUGCUUUGCCACUAACAGAAUUUGCAAAUGUGGUAGUUGUUCAGAGUGAAGGGGAGAGCGUGUUCAAGCUAGAACCAUCACCUCAUUGUCGUGAUACUUGCCCUCCAGUCACUGUUCAACUUGAGACAUCACAGGUGUUGUUUUUUAACUGGAUAUUUUGGCGACCUGUUAGAGUGGGUGGGAAAAAUGUCUCAACUAUUUUUAUGAGUUCAUUUUACUGAGUCAGUAAGACUUUGUUUUCUGAUUUGUAAUAUGGGAAUGAAGCAUCAAAUUUUUUUUUAUAAAAUCAGCAAGUCUGUUGAUCCAGGUAUAGUAGAUUGUGAUGUAAAUGUAAAUUGUUCAUAAUGUGUGUAUUUUUUAUUUUGUAGAUAU